GCAUAUCACCAGCCAUGAGUAACUGCUUCGCGAAGCCAACCUCUAGGAGCGAGGGCGAGAUCCUCCACUCGGCCAACAUCAGGAGCUUCACCUUCAAGGAGCUCAGGACAGCCACUAGGAAUUUCCGGCGGGACAGCAUCCUCGGUGAGGGCGGCUUUGGAGUGGUGUACAAAGGGUGGGUCGAGGAGAGCACCUUCGCCCCGGCCAGCAGCGACACUGGCAUGCCCGUUGCCGUUAAGAGGCUCAGCCAGAAAGGCAUCCAGGGCCACAGGGAAUGGCUGGCUGAAGUGAAUUACCUUGGCAGAUUGUCGCAUCCCAAUCUGGUGAAGCUCCUAGGCUACUGCCUCGAAGACGUGCAGCACCUACUUGUCUACGAGUUCAUGCCACAGGGAAGCUUGGAGAACCAUCUUUUCGGGAGGAGCUUAAAUUUCCACUCACUGUCAUGGAAUGUGAGGAUGAAUGUUGCUCUUGGAGCAGCUAAGGGGCUUGCGUUCCUCCACAGCGACAAGGCCAACGUCAUCUACCGCGAUUUCAAGACGUCAAAUGUUCUCCUUGAUUCGAGCUACAGCGCAAAGUUGUCUGAUUUUGGGUUGGCGAGGGAUGGGCCAAACGAUGAUGAGAGCCAUGUCUCUACAAGGGUCAUGGGCACAGAUGGAUAUGCAGCCCCUGAAUAUCUGGAUACAGGCCAUCUGACGACGAAGUGCGAUGUGUACAGUUUUGGUGUGGUGCUCCUGGAGAUCCUAUCCGGCCGGCGAGCCCUGAGCAGGAGCCGUCCGUCCAGCGAGCGCAACCUGGUGGAGUGGGCGCGGCCGUACCUGAAGAGCAAGCGACGCAUCUCCCACAUCCUGGACGCGCGGCUGGACGGGCAGUACUCCCUUGGCGGCGCGCAGAAGGCUGCUGCACUCGCGCUCCGGUGCAUCUCCAUCCACCCGAGAGUCCGGCCGGGCAUGGAGCAGGUGGUGGUGGCGCUGGAGCAGCUCGAGGACGACAAGGAGACUGUGACGAGUGGUCAGGGGAAGGCAAAUGGCGGCGGCACAUGCGGCUUCUUCAGGAUGUGUAGUGGUGGCCGGCAGCAGCAGCAGCAACCGUAGCCCGCGGUAAGGCGGCUGCACGGGUACUGUCACACUGUUCAUCAGCGAUCUCGAGGUACCUAGCACCACAUGUUCUAUGCAGCUUGUGCUUAUUGGUCCAACAAAUUCAGAUGUCUCAUUUUCUGAGUUUUCUUAAUGAGAAUAUUGAAUUUUGUUUUCCUUGAGCUAAUUUACACAAUUUUUAUGUACAUAAUCUUGAUCGAAACAUUAGUUUUGUUGUUGAUGGCAGGCUUAGAAAAGUGUACUGUUAUUUGGACUUGUGAAGAGUGCAGUGACUACUUUACAAGGUCAUCAGCUAACUCAAAAGGCUGGCGAGAGGGUUUCAGCUCAUUGCCUGGAGAGAUUGUUCUUGCUUCUUUUGAUGGAUUUGGUAUGUGGUCCACUUUUUAUGUCAUACUUGAGGCCUAUACACUAAAAAUAGUUAGUUACUGCUGCGCUUCUGCUUGUAUAAGGUAGUCAUGUUAGGCCAGCUAUCAGCUACUGCAGUCAUCGUAGUUAGUAUGUAGUACAGGUGGCUGAUGGGCGCUCGCCACCGUGUGAUGCCAUCAUACUCCAAAGAGUGAAAAUGGUUAUAGUUUAAUUCGCAUGCUGGUUGACCCUACCCCAAUAUGGCAGAGUCAACCAAAAUAUUUAGUCCUGGGAGCACAUUGUGUUAUGCACUUGCUGUUGUUGUUGUCAAAUAGUCUCAUACCAAAUCAUGCAUCUCAUGAUCUGCUCUGCUGUGUCUCGCCGUCAGGUGUGUUGAAGCUCUGUGUGCCUGAACACCAUUCUUAAACCCUGUAACAGGGGAACUACUUACUUUUUUGUGGUAUUCGAUUUUACGUCAUCCGGCUUGUGUAUCUUGUACUGGUUUCAACAAGAAAGAUACAUUUGGGACGCCAUGGAAUUGCCGGGAACGAGAAGGAUGCAUUGCUUGCCAGGUUCUGCACCAUCAAGGCCGCCGCUGCUGACCUCCGAGCGAAGCAUGGCAAGAGCAAGUAAGAGUCUGAAGUUAGCCCCAGCUGACGUGCUCCAGCUUCGUGUGCUAGAAACCAAGAGCAGAUUGCCACCAUGAUGAAUUUGAUGAUGUCCUUGUACCGAUGUGUUUCCGAGUGGAAUCUUGUUGAUGGAAGGUCGAAGCAUAGGGAAAAUGGUGGUAGAGCGUGACAGAACAUCUAAAAAAUCAGGGUGGUUAUUAUUUUUCUUAUUGAUAACAUGCAUCAACAUAAAAGUAAAACGUUAGUUUGUUCAUGACCAUCUAAGUUUAUUCUUCUUGUACUGAUGUGUUUCUGAGUCGCUGUUGUUGAGUUAUGGAGUCUAGUUGGUUGUGCUUUUAUAUUAAAAGGACUUGUACCUCUAACCAAGAAAUAUUCAAUCAACAUGUAUGUAAAUAUAAAUUGUUUAUUCUAAGGGACUUUUUAAGUUUUUAAAAGAACUUU